AUGGCCAACAGCUCUCUUUGUCCGACACGCACUGACGUGCAGAUCUUGGUCAAGAAUGGUAAGUUCUUCACCCGGCGUGCUCAACUGGCUUCAGAGCAGCUUUGCGCGAAUUGCUCGCUUUUUGCCUUGCUUCGAUGGAUGCGUUCCAGGCGACAUUUGGCGAUACCAUUCAAGGCAGCACGUGCUAUUUGCCGCAAGCCUUCAGAUCUUCGCCCAGGGCGGCAGGCUCCAAGCAGAGGCUUGUCACGAGCUAUGAUCCACACGAUGGUUCAGGCUUGGCCAAGCCUUGCUCCGUGGAGUCCCACAUCCUUGUCGCGGCAACAGGAGAUCAUCAUUGCCGAGAGGCACAGAUGGCCCAACUACUCGAUUGCCUUUUCCAGACUUUACAAUGGGGUGAUUGCCAAGGACGUGCUUGAAGCAGCAACGUGUUGGCUACAGGCAUUGCACCCAAUCCUGCGUACAACCUACAAAGAGGAUCUGCCGUGCUUUCAGCAGGCCAGUGCGGGGCGCAAAGCAAAGUACUGCCAGCGUGUGAACCCUGAAGUCUUCACUGACGUCCUGACACUUCAGAGCACUUCUUCAGAAGAAGAAGCAGAGAGGCUCGCCUUCGCUUUCACGGAAGCUGGCUGGGAUUUGCUGACUCGCCCGCCUUUGCGGAUUCUUGCGGUUGAGAUUGCAGGGGCCUCGUCCCUGACUCUACUCGUGGUGCAGAUUCAUCACAUUGCAGCUGAUGGCGUCUCCAUGUCCAUUGUGGACAAAGAUUUCCGGAUGGCGAUACAAUCCCCAUGCGCUAUCCUAGCAAAGCUGAAGGACUGGGAAAAGGACAGGGCCAAACGGCAAACGCAGAGGCGAUCGGAAGAGGCUCCAUAUUCUUUGUACACAAAGCAGCAGCGAAGCUUUCUCCACAGCCCAGAAGGGAGGGCGCAGAAGUCAUACUGGCAGCGACAGUUGAGCCUAAACGUGUGGAGCUUGGCGCUGCCCAUUGACAAGCCAAGGCCUCGCGUGCAGCGUUCCUUUGGUGACUCCUACAGCUUCGAGCUGCCCGAAGAGUUUCUCAGGGGCUUCCGCGUGGACAGGGCGACGUCCUUUCACAAGACCCUGGCAUUGUGGGCGCUUGCUCUCUGCAAAUGGUCAGCAAAAGACUCAGUGGUGGUUGGCAGCCCGUGCGCUGGACGACUGGAUGGGGCCUCGAGUGGCGCAGUUGGCUGCUUUGCGGACCUGCUCAUGUACUACAUUCACGUGCAGGAGUCGUUUUCAGCAGUGGAUUUUUUGUGCGCAGUUCGCAGGGUAGCGGCUGAUGUAGAUGCCAACAGACGUGUGCCUUUUGGCGAGAUUGUGCAGAUGGCUGGCGAAGCGCAAUCAGAAGACGAAAGCCGGCAUCCUUUGUUUCAAGCCUUGCUGACAUGGCAGCCGAAGGGUGGAUGGGAGCGAUUCUUUGAGAUAGAUUCAGCGGAUUGGACUGGGAAGCGCUUCAUCUCUCCAGAGACGAUGAUGUGGGAUGUGUGGCUGGACGCUUUUGAGGAUGCUGAUCAUAAGGUCAUUUGCAAUCUGCAUUACCAGAAGGAUCUCUUCCUCUUCGAGACUGGCCAGCGCAUGGUCGGCUCAAUCAAGCGCUUGGCCUUGUUCUUGGCCCAGAACCCUGGUCACAGAGUUUGGCCUCGCGAUUUGGAAGAUGAGCUUUGGCCGACCGCCCCAGGCUUGGUGUCUCUCAUGUACCAGUGCAGCGUGGGCCAGAGCACCGGUGGUCUUUACUUUGCCUACGCUGCCCGCACGCAGGGCUGCCAGAGAUGCUGGAACAAGCAGUUUGCUGGCGACGGGAUGGAGGCAUGCGGCUUGGGCAGCCUUUAG